AUGUCGCUUUCACUCUUCAUCGCGCAUAGCGGCGAACAACUACGCGCCGAUCCGGUGUCCAUAGGGUCCCUCGAUGCUCUGAAACGUUGGAUCCAUGAGGCUACACGGAUACCGGGAGAGGACCAGAUCCUGUUAACAUCUCGGGGGAAACACGUCAAGCUACAGACGCUACUCACUGAGAAAGAGCUCUUCAUCUACGACCGUGAACUAUUCACCCAUCCGAAGCAGGCGGCCCAGAACGUCCCCGAAUCUCCGGCGCCAGAACCCUACAUACCAACCGAUCCUCCGGACACGCUUGCCAAUCAAACCAACUUGAAGUCAUGGCAGACCCUCUUUGCGUCGCGCCGCGACUGGGCGCUGGAGCUGACGCGCGACUGCAAGUCCAUGGCCCAGACCGCUGAGCGCCACUUCACGCAGCAAUCGAUCGUCGAACGGGGCCUGCAUAUCGCGACCGGCAACCAUGAACCGCACGUUCGCGGCUUGGAACGAAAAUGCCAGGAAGCACGGGAAUGGUUUAAGGAUGUAUCGAAGGAACAUCGAGAGAACGUGGAUACCUGGGAGGCAGAUGUGGACAAGUUGACACAGAUCGGUGCCGUGGAAGACUUCCGGUAUUACCUGAGCGCUGCUCCGUCACCGGUUGCGAGCAAGCCGAGCAAGAAAUCAUCGAAUGCCACAACACCGCUAGCGUCCUUCGUAGACGUGGAUGCAACACAAAAGGCUGCGACGGCGACGAAGACUGCCACCGAUGAGUUCGCUGGACGCAUCUCAGACCUAGGGAGCAGGAUAGCCGCUGUCGCUUCAGAGUAUGAUGGGCUCAUGGAGCGACUUAACCAGUUGCACGGGAGGAGUACAAGCGGGGACAUAGGUGAGCCAGGGAAGCUUCUCGAGGAAAUAGAGGUGAUUGCGCGGAAAGUUACGACCGAUCAUGACCACGUCAUGGCCCUUCCACCAAAUCCGAAGAGUGUCGCUCAGGUUUCCAAGAUGGCUUUGCUACAUACGAGGAACCAUUUGCCGACGAUCGCAGAGUACGCCGCGGAGAUGGGUGAUGUGGUGCGCAGAGCCGUGCAUCAGAAGAAUACUGCGGUGCGGUCAAUGCUCGAGCAUAUGAAGCUCAUUGCAUCUCUGGAAGGUCGGAUAGACUCGCUCAAAAAGGAAUUCAGUGGCCUUGAGCUAUCGCCAGACAUUAUGACUGACUUUGAUACCCUUGCCUUGGUCGGAAAAUUACCCCUGCUUUACGGCAAUCUGACUAUCGAAACCGUCCGGUGCCGAGAGUGGACGGAGAAGAUGAAGCGCGAUACAGAAGCGUUGGCGGAAGACCUGGCUGGUUACAAAGAAGAGGAGAACCGCCGACGGAAGAAAUGGGUCCGAGGCAUGGGAGAAGUGCUGCGGACCGGCUCUCUGGAGAGGAAGGUACUGGGCGUUGAGGUUAACCUCCAGGGUGGUGACGAGUCCUGGCCUGCUGUAACGCGAGAAGACGUCGAAGCAUACAUUUACACUCUGAGCGAAUUAGGCGGCUUCGAUUCUACUGUGAGCACGCUCACGCAAAGCUUCAAGGACCUGGACAAACCGACCCGAUCUCAAAUCAAGCGCGCAAAGGCAUUUAAAAAUGGCUCGGUCCAUGAGGGACUCGGAAAAGGCUCCCUGAUGCUUCGAGGGGAGGAUGACAAUCGAGUCUUACGAGUCGUUAACACCAGGCUUGAAGACGAACUUCGCGGUCAGAAAUCGCGUAUUCGUAAACUGGAGGAUCUGCUACACCGACAAAGCCACAUCAACCGCCUCGGUAGUCCAGGUAGCGCCGUAACGUUUCACGGAGGGGGCCUUAAUAGCCCAUCGUUCGAUGCACCACCUACUCCGACGACCACCGCCCAACCAGCGAGGCAUGAGCUGAAGAGUCCAAGUCCACGGCAGCAUGAUGAACAUUCGCGCCGGUCGUCCAUAUCGAGCCGGCGAUUCUCGGCGAAUCAACCGGCUGAAGACAAAGCGGCCUUGGUGCGGAAGGUUCUAGCCUUGGAAAACGAACUUACUACAGUGAAAGCAGCGCAUGAAGUGCUCGAGCGAGAAUCCGCUGGCAGGACCGCCUCCGCUGCGCAAGAGCGUCGAGCAAGCGAGGAGAAGGUCUCCGAGGUCCAGCGACUCAUGGCGGAGGCAAACUCCACGAAGGAAGAUCUCAUGAAGAACAUGGACGCGCAGGCGAAGGAGUGGCAGAGUGAGCGGAAACAUUUAAUAGACGAGAUACGAAAGCUGAAGGAAGACUAUGAGGAGGAUGUUGAUAAACUUAUGGCGAGCCGAGAACAGGAGCGGGUUACACUCGAGGAGAAGGUGGAUAACACAAGAAUGGAGGGUGAAAUGAUCACGAGUGAGCUCGAGGUCCAACUCAAGAAAGUGGAAGAGAAGGCGGAGGCGAACCACGCAGUGGUCGACAAGCUAAAGGACUUGGUGCAGUUUAUCCUCCGGAGUCUCAGCCAAAAUGACGUGGAAGUACCGAUCGGAGACGAAGAGUUAAUAGUAGCAACCAGAGACAUUGUUGACGAUGUUCUGAAAACGCUUGUCGAGAAGAGCACCAGGAUCGCCGAUCAGCUCCAGGACGCUCAAAUGAACACGGCACGGGUUGCUGCUCUCGAGUCCGACGCCGCCACUCUUCGUGAGGAGGCCGAUACGCUGAUGCGAGAAAAGGAAUCCCUCAACGCCGAGCUCCAAGAAAUGAAGACGAGGUUCGACCAAGAGCAGCAAGAGCUACGUGAUCUCGCCAAGAUGCUCGAGGAGAAGCAGUCUGGCGACGCCGAAGGAGAUGCCCGGAUCAUGCGCUUGAUGUCCGAACUAGCCGAAGGCAAAUCGCACAUCAACACCCUCGACGCGAAGUUAUCGUCCACCCAACGACGCUACGAACGGCUCGUGGAAUCGUUGAGGGCGGAUGGGGCGCGCUUGGACGCACGUGCGGAUCGUGCGAGGCAGUUGACACGGAAGCUUUUCACCAGCACGGAGCGCUUGAAUCGGCUGGUGGAAACCCUUGGCUUUACCGUUGGCCAACCGGAUGAGAAGGGGAAUCUGAUCAUUCAACGCGCAUCGAAAGUCUCGUCGUCCGGAGUAUUGGCUGAUGGUUCCGUCGUCAGUACCGUGUCGGGGUCGCGCAACCUCUCGAAUCCCAGCGUGAUGAAGCGCACGCUGGAUGAACUGUCUGAUAACGGAGCGCUCGAGUGGUCGUCGGCCAGCGCGGAGGAGGAGGAGGCGUCCAAGUUCGCGAAUUAUUUGAGCGCUAUCGAGCAGUUCCCGCUCAAUGCGUUCUGCGAAGCCCUGGCGAAGCGUCAACGAGACGUCGAGCACACGGCGCGAAAAUGGCAGAAAGAGUCCCGCACAUAUCGUGAACGAGCGCAUCGCUACCAGCACGAAUCGCACGAGAAGAUCGCCUACCGUUCGUUCAAAGAGGGGGAUCUGGCGCUUUUCCUUCCGACGCGCAAUCAAACCCGCGGUGGUGCCUGGGCCGCGUUCAACGUGGGAGCACCGCAUUACUUCCUCCGCGAACAAGAGUCCCACCGUCUUAGCGGGCGAGAGUGGCUCGUUGCCCGCAUCGGCAAGAUCGAAGAGCGAGUGGUCGAUCUGAGCCCGACCAUGGAGGGAGGCAAACCUGCGACCGGCGGCCGUCGUAGGGGCACCUCGGUUGCCAGCAUGGCGUCCGAACUUGACGACGACAAUCCAUUCGAGCUAGGGGAUGGCUUACGGUGGUAUCUCCUGGACGCGCUGGAAGAGAAACCCCAUCCGCUCGGCGCGCCCAUCACGCCCCGCGCCGGUACCACCACGGUCGCGAGCGCGAACGUCGACGCGCGAGGGACGGUCGGCACGAGCAAGAAGGGCAAUGGCGAGGGAGAAGCGGCGCGCACCCUAGGCCGACUGGACGAGCGAGCGGCCGGGUCGACCCGAAGUCGGCGGAGUAGCGAGAACAGUCGACGGAGCGUGCCGCCGCCGGGGUCAUCUGCGGGACCCAAACCGUUGCUGCCGACCGAGAAUAAUGGCGAGGGAACAGCGGAAGGAAGCGCGGGGACGGAGCAGCGAGAGGGCGGAGACGUGACAAUGAAGGCUCCGCCUCGGGACACGAGGGGAGAAGAAGAGAUUCCCGCGCCGUCCACGCCGCUCAAACCGCCGCCGACCGCCGACCGCACCGCGCCCGCGCCAACGCUGACCGUGUCACCGCCCCACGCCACCCCCGAUCGCGGCUCGGCGCGGAUGUUUAGUCCGUCGGGCAAUCGCACGGGCACGCGGCAACCCAGCACCGCGUCGCCGGGACGCCGCAAUGCGUCGGCUAGUCCGACGAAGAAGG